AAACAAAUUUCAGAACCAUUGCACAUUUCUGCACUUCACUUCUCUUAAAGCCACCUGUCUCUUUAUAAAAUGCCGAACAACAGUGCAACAGAAAACUGUGGUAUAUCUCAUUUUAGAUACCCGCUUUUCACUUCCACCUACAGCGUCGUUCUGCUAUUCGGUCUGCCUCUGAAUGCUGCGUCUCUGUGGAUACUGAUAUGUCGGAACGGCUUGAGGAAAUCUGUUCCGGUGAUCUACAUGGCCAAUCUGGCCUUAUCGGAUCUGCUUUUCACGCUUUCCCUUCCCUUUCGGAUUAUUUACUUUGCCAGAGGUUGGUGGACACUGGGAAACAUGCUAUGCAUGAUUUCAGGUACACUCUUCGCCGUCAACCUCUACUCUAGCUCCUUGUUCAUCACUCUCAUCAGUGUUGACCGGAUGCUGGCCGUGGUGUACCCGAUUCGAUCUCGCCCGCUGAGGACAGCACCAGUGGCAUGGGCAUUGUGCGCGACCGUGUGGCUACUUAUUGCAGGACUGGCAGUGCCAACGGCCAUGAAUCACAAUGAAAAUGAGGAUCAAGACUGUAAUAUAACACGUUGUUUUGAGAAAUACUCAGACAGAGAAUGGAAGAAUGGUUUCUACAUCCUUUGCUGUGUCACUUUCUUUGGCAUUUUAGUGCCUUUUGCCAUCAUCCUGGGCUGCACGGUAGCAGUCGUGCGACAGUUGAGAGAAUACAGCAUGCCAGCUUCCUCAUGCAACACUGAGCUGAGCAAAAGCAAGAUUGUGAAGCUCUUUCUGUCCAAUUUGCUCAUCUAUGCAAUUUGUUUUAUACCCUUUCAUGUCGCCUUCAUCCUCUUUGGCCUGAACAAACUUAACCAUUUACAUGGAGAAAAUUUACGGGGCCUCUACUUUGACUUGCAAACUAUUACAAUGUGUAUGGCCAGCACAAACAGUUGCCUGGACCCCUUGAUCUACUAUUUUAGCUCAAAGAAACUUAGUAGGGGUAGAUGUGACUCUUCGUCAAAACACGUUGCUACUGGCCUGGUCCAGAGCACAAGUUGGACUGGCCAGUAAAUGAAUGCCAAAAAUCUCUCAUGGACCAACAAAACGUCAAGUGCUUCUGUUGUUGACGUUAAUAAGCUCUUUGUGUAAGAGUAAAUGGUUAGCAAAACGCCAAGGUGCCAGUUGAGAGCUGACUCAUGAGAAUUUUACCCCUCACAGCUCACGUGCAAGCAAAAUGCUAUUCCCUCUGCAAUUAUGAUUAGCUCUGAAGUCCUGAGUUUUGUCGGUAAACCUUACUUUCUAACACACAUUAAUCUCUUUUCUUGCAAAACAUUCCUGUUUUUGACAAAACUCUUUUUGUUGGAAAUGUUUCGGAUUAUUAACCAAGCAACUUGCAUUAUUAUUGCUCAUUACUGAGUAGCCAGCAUUAGAAUUUACAUUUUGGGUUUCGAGUUUCAGCGUGAUUACUGAAACGUGAUCACGUUGCAUUCACAUAUGACUGCAAUGAUGUUUUGCAAUCAGAAUGCACAUAGCUUUUGCAAAACGUAUUAAUUUCCUGUCACACAACUGAUAGAGCGUGGCGCUUAUAGUGUUGACACUUUGAUCUUGUGAAAUUCCCGGACAUCCGAUUAAUGAUGGAAAAAAGUACAAAUGGACAUCAAACAAGCAAUAAAAGAUUUUUGACUGUUUACUACUUGUUUGAUAUGGAAAUUCAUGCAAAACAGCAUGCAAUUCUUUCAAACAAUAAUAUCAAUGAAUCUAUUGCCUUAUAUGAUUUCACACUGAUGCAUCCUUAUUGCAAUAUUGUAGUUCCUUAAUCUUUACAGAACAGAAAUAUGAUUGUUUUUAUUUUUUCAAGGAAAUCAAAUAAAUGUACAUAAACAUUG